AUGCGCAAGCGCAAGGCGGCGCGCGAGCGCAUGCUGGCCACCAAGACCAUCGAGAAGGGCCUCCUGAUCGUCCACACCGGUAAGGGCAAGGGCAAGUCGACCGCUGCCUUCGGCCUCGCGGCACGUGCCAUCGGCAACGGCAUGAAGGUGGGCGUGGUGCAGUUCGUGAAGGGCAAGUGGGCGACCGGCGAGCGUACGGUGCUGGAGCGCUUCCCCGACCUCAUCACGGUCCGCGUGAUGGGCGAGGGCUUCACCUGGGACACGCAGGACCGUCAACGCGACCUCACUGCUGCGCGCAAGGCGUGGGAGGCGGCGCAAGAAUUCCUCGCCGACCCUUCCUAUCGCCUCGUGGUGCUCGACGAGCUCAACAUCGUGCUCCGCUACGACUAUCUCGAUCUGGACGCCGUGCUUGCGGGGCUCGCCGCGCGCGAUCCGGGCCAGCACGUUGUGGUCACCGGCCGCAACGCGAAGCCGGCGCUCAUCGAGAUGGCCGACCUCGUGACCGAGAUGACCGAGAUCAAGCAUCCCUUCCGCGCCGGCGUGAAGGCGCAGGUGGGCAUCGAAUUCUGA